UGAGAUGUUCGACGAGCAGGUGUUCAUAUACUUUUGGACAUGUAGUAUAUCUAUCCCAUAUCAGAACUCUAUCCAGCUAGCGGCGCUGUUGUCCGUUUCAGGCUAGCUAACCGCUGACAAACAAUAAAGAACAAGACAACAAGGAAGUAGAAUUGGAGGAAGGUUUGUUUUUAAUUUGCAACAGGCACAUUCCUUACAUGGAUUUUAGACGCAGUUAACGGAAUACCUAAGUCUCCGUCCACUGAAAAUGGCAAAAUUACAGUCUUUGAGUGUGUUUGUUAAUACGCGUUUAACAGUGGCUACCGUAGAGAUUAUGGGGGCAGUAGAGAAAGUGGUAGCGGAGUACCAGGAGGAGAUUUCCCGAUCUAAAGUGGAGAAUGACCGGCUACGGAGAUUGCUGCGGAUCAAACCGGAGAUGAAACGAUGUAGAACAGACUCCCUCCAGUUCUCGCUUACCGUCUCUGAGGAGGAGGUUAACCCUGUGCAGCAGCACUGUGACCAGGAGGAAUGGAACUCCAGUCUGGGGACGGAUAACCCAGAACCCAUGCAGAUUAAAGAGGAAGAUGAGGAAGUCGGGACCACUCAGGUGGCAGGGCAGCUUCAAGGGCUGGAGCCUGACAUUGUAGAGUUCAUGUUCACUCCUUCCUGUGUGAAAAGUGAUUAUGAACAGGACGACCUACUUCAGUCCUUGACUCUUUCCCAAACCAAGACUGUGGUGAACAGAGAGAGUGACUCUAAAGAAUUGGAUCUCAAACCUUUUGGCACAGUGACCCACCUCGACAAUCCUUAUGACCCUCGAGAUAAUCAAGACAAUGUCUCCAGCCACAGCUCAGCUGCAAGCAGUGAUCUAGUAGGAUUUGACAUAAGCCCACCAUUGGAUUCCAGCCCACCAUUGAGGAAACCCAGCACCACGUCUAAAAAACAUGACUGCGGGAAAAUAUUAAAUUGCACGGGGACCCUGAACAGGCAUAUACAGACCUCCACGGGAGAAAAAUCAUUUAGCUGUGAUAACUGCAGGAAAAGGUUCAGUCGCAAGGAUACCCUUAACAUGCAUAUACGGACUCACACAGGAGAGAAACCAUUUGUCUGUGGUGACUGCGGGAAAAGCUUCAGACAGAAGGCUACCCUUAACAGGCAUAUACGGACUCACACAGGAGAAAAACCAUUUAGCUGUGGUGCCUGCGGGAAAAGCUUCAACCAUAAGGGAAACCUAACUGUUCAUUUACUGACUCACACAGGAGAGACACCUUUUACCUGUGGGGACUGCGGGAAAAGCUUCAGACAGAAAUAUAGCCUUAAAAAGCAUAUAUUGACUCACAUAGGAGAGACAUUUAACUGUGCUGACUGCGGGAUAAGCUUCAGACACAAAGUGAACCUGGAUAGUCAUAUACUUGCCGUCCACAAAUAAACAAAACAGAAUGAAAACAAAAAGAAGAAAAUGUAACAAACAUCUUCUGUCAGGGGUUGGUAAUAAAAAUGCAGGAUUUGGACAACACUGUUAGGAAAGCAAAUACAUUCUAGAUCACUCAUGUUGUAGGUUUAAGGUAUUUACUUUUGUAAAAAUGUUCUAUGUAAAUAAAAUGUUAUUUGAAUUACGAUAUUAUGAUCAAACAGUUAAAAAGGGCAAUGGAAACAGUUUAGGAAGUAAAUCUAAGCAAAGAGAUGUAAUCAAUCAACUAAUACCCUACAAUACUUGAACAUAAAAACGUCUCUGUAUUUAGUAUUUUGAUCGUCGACAAGGUUCAUUUGAGCUCUGGUCGGCGCCAUUUUGAAUUGCCAUAGUAACGACUGACGCCAGUGCGUCACUGGCAGGAAUCAGCCUGGUGUUGAAUUUUCGCGCGGAGAGUGAAUCGAAGUACAAGGACAUGAUGACAACAACAAUUUAGUGAUUCAGACAUGAACUGUAUAGCGCCAGGCUGUACGAAAAAAAAAAAAUUCUAUCGGGUAGGUACAUCGGCAGUCCAAGGACCAACAACUUUUGAAGAAGUGUCUCCAUGUCCUAAAGAAAGGAAGAAACGUGCCAGCUCAGCAAGCAAGAUCUGCAGGCAGUACUUCGCGGAGAAAGACUUUGCGAUGAAGGGCACGUUCGAUGCGGCAACCGGGAGUUUCAGAAUGUAAAGGAGUCCUUAAACCUACGCUGAAGCCCUCUGCUUGCCCCUCCAUCUUCAAUUUGGAGGGGUAUGGUGUACAGUAGGGGUUACCGACCGACCAUCAUCAACAUCGCUGACUUCGGAGUCAAGCCAAACGUCGGAAAGAGGCGACGCGAGUCAAUUGAGCCUGGAUGAUAUUGUCAUCCCUGAAAAGGUUUUCAUCCUGGAGAUUGUGCAAGAGGAGGAAAGAACGGUUAGUACAGCAUGCCAAACAAACCCCUGGUUGCCAGAUUGUUCCUGUGCUGCGGUGGAAAAGAGCUCCACCGGGACCAUAACUAAAGCGCUCGAGGCCCAGCUAGAUUGCUCUCACCACCAUCAGUAUACAACCGAGUCCUGCCUCUAUUGGCCACAGAGCUGACAGGGAGUGAGAUGAGUGAAGACCAGGAGUCGCUGUAUGAACCUGAGAGCUCAGACACACAAUCAUCACAGUGCGAGCCAAGAGAUACAAUCGAAGAGUGUGUGCAAGAUCAGAAAUGCAUAGUCUUUGAUAGCAAGCUGAAGGAGUUGUUCAAUGUCUGCCAUGAGCCAGGAUUCGAGCUGGUGUCAUCAGUUCAUCCCUGAAAAUAAAUGGUUUUGCCAUCACCAUGGAGACAGUGUUGUGGGCCACAGGAGGAAGUGGGAGUCCCAGACCAGAGUGGGAAAGUUGUUUGCAGGUAGUGCCAUCAGUGGUCUGUCUUCCUUACUGGUGGCUCCCACUCCACAUUUGUGGAAACAUGUCACCUCCCAGCCUGGUGCCCAUGUCGCUGCGUCAGUUUCCAAACCAACAGCGCAUCUACAGUUUCCAAACCAACCACUGCUGGUUGGAGUGUUCAGGUGCUAAAAGAAAAGUGGAUCACCGCAGUUCACCUCAUCACCAAUGAACACCAGUGGGUCACUGGAGGCACACUGAACUGCUGUGAGCACCCCCCCCACACACCUGAAGAAGGAACACGAUGAACACAUUGUCAGCAGCUUUUGAGGCAGUGAGGAAAAAGUCCUCAAAUCAAAUGUUAUUGGUCAUAUACACAUUUAACAGAUGUUAUUGCGGGUGUGGAGAAAUGCUUGUGUUCCUAGCUCCAACAGUGCUGUAAUAUCUAACAAUUCACAACAAUACACACAUCUAAAAGUAAAAUAAUGGAAUUAAGAAAUAUAUAACUACUUGGACAAGCAAUGUAGGUGUGGCAUUGACUAGAAUACAGUAGAAUACUAAAUUAUUUAUAUAUCACAGCUCUGGAAAAAAUGAAGAGACCACUGCAAAAUGAUCCGUUUCUCUGGUUUUACUAUUUAUAGGUAUGUGUUUGGGUAAAUUACAUUUUUUGUUUCAUUCUAUAAACUACUGACAUUUCUCGCAAAUUCCAAAUAGAAAUAUUGUCAUUUAGAGCAUUUAUUUGCAGAAAAUGACAACUGGUUAAAAUAACAAAAAAGAUGCAGUGUUGUCAGACCUCGAAUAAUGCAAAGAAAAUAAGUUCAUAUUAAUUUUUAAACAACACAAUACUAAUGUUGUAACUUAGGAAGAGUUCAGAAAUCAAUAUUUGGUGGAAUAACCCUGAUUGUUCAAUCACAACUUUCAUGCGUCUUGGCAUGUUCUCCGCCAGUCUUUCACAUUGAUGUUGGGUGACUUUAUGCCACUCCUGGCGCAAAAAUUCAAGCAGCUCGGCUUUGUUUGAUGGCUUGUGACCAUCCAGAGGUUUCAAUGGGGUUUAGGUCUGGAGAUUGGACUGGCCAUGACAGGCUCUUGAUCAGGCUGUGUGGCAUGGAGCAUUGUCCUGAUGGAAAAAACAAUCCUCAGAGUUGGAGAACAUUGUCAGAGCAGAAGGAAGCAAGUUUUCUUCCAGAACAACCGUGUACGUGGCUUGAUUCAUGUGUCCUUCACAAAGACAAAUCUGCCCGAUUCCAGCCUUGCUGAAGCCCCCCCAGAACAUCACCGAUCCUCCACCAGAUUUCACAGUGGGUGGAGACCUGGAGAGGCCUACAAGCCACAGUGUCUCGCACCCACUGACAUUUGGUGGAGGACUGGUGAUGAUCUGGGGGUCCUUCAGCAAGGCUGGACUCGGGCAGAUUUAUCUUUGUGAAGGACACAUGAAUCAAGCCACGUACAAGGUUGUCUAUGUACACAGGGCAUCAGCCUAAGGUGCAGGGUAGAGUAACCUGGUGGUAGCCGUCUAGUGACAGUGACUAAAGUUCAGGACAGGGUAGAGUAACCUGGUGGUAGCCGUCUAGUGACAGUGACUAAAGUUCAGGACAGGGUAGAGUAACCUGGUGGUAGCCGUCUAGUGACAGUGACUAAAGUUCAGGACAGGGUAGAGUAACCAGGUGGUAGCCGUCUAGUGACAGUGACUAAAGUUCAGGACAGGGUAGAGUAACCAGGUGGUAGCCGUCUAGUGACAGUGACUAAAGUUCAGGACAGGGUAGAGUAACCUGGUGGUAGCUGUCUAGUGACAGUGACUAAAGUUCAGGACAGGGUAGAGUAACCAGGUGGUAGCCGUCUAGUGACAGUGACUAAAGUUCAGGACAGGGUAGAGUAACCUGGUGGUAGCCGUCUAGUGACAGUGACUAAAGUUCAGGACAGGGUAGAGUAACCAGGUGGUAGCCGUCUAGUGACAGUGACUAAAGUUCAGGACAGGGUAGAGUAACCAGGUGGUAGCUGUCUAGUGACAGUGACUAAAGUCAGGACAGGGUAGAGUAACCUGGUGGUAGCCGUCUAGUGACAGUGACUAAAGUUCAGGGCAGGGUACUGGGUGGAGGCUGGCUAGUGAUGGCUAUUUAACAGUCUGAUGGCCUUGAGAUAGAAUCUGUUUUUCAGUCUCUCUGUCCCAGCUUUGAUGCACCUGUACUAACCUCGCCUUCUGGAUGAUAGCAGGGUGAACAGGCCGUAGCUCAGCUGGUUGAUGUCCUUGAUAUUUUUGGCCUUCCUGUGACAACGGGUGCUGUAGGUGUCCUGGAGGUUGUUGAAGGAUCUCAAGACGGUUUUUAAAAAAGUAUCAACAAUUUCUGUACAUAUGCUGCAACAUUUUGAGUAAAUUAAUGAGCACAUUUUAA